CACUAAACAAAGGCAGUUUUUUUUUGGUUAUAGUAAAUACAUGAUUUAUAUUUCUCACCUUUUUAAGGAUUUAGAAUUUGAGAGCCCAUCUGAUGAGUUCACCUGUGGGAAUGAACCAUCCAAUAGAGACAAAAACAGAUAUCGAGAUAUUCUUCCAUAUGAUUCAACACGUGUUCCUCUUGGAAAAAGCAGGGACUACAUCAAUGCUAGUUAUAUUAGAAUAGUAAAUUCUGGAGAAGAGUAUUUUUACAUUGCUACCCAAGGACCACUGCCAGGUACCGUAAGUGAUUUUUGGCAAAUGGUUUUGGAAAAUCAAGCUAAUGUUAUUGCCAUGAUGACCAGAGAGGUAGAAGACGGAACUGUCAAAUGUCACCGUUACUGGCCCAUCUCUCUGGAUAAACCUUUGGAAUUGAAAUACUUCAGUAUCUUCAUGGAGAACUACCAGAUACUUCAAGAUUUCAUCAUUCGAAUACUUAAAGUUGUGGAGAAGACCAAGGGAACUAUUCACUUUGUGAGACAGAUGCAGUUCACUAACUGGCCAGACCAUGGCACUCCUGCCUCAGCAGAGGACUUUAUCAAGUUUGUUCGUUUAGCAAGGAAGAGUCACCAGAGGGGACCCAUCGUUGUCCACUGCAGUGCUGGCAUAGGCCGGACUGGGGUACUCCUGUGUGUGGAUGUUGUGUUCUGUGCCAUCGAAAGGAACUUUCUGUUCAACAUCAAGAAUAUUGUGACCCAAAUGAGAGAACACCGUUGUGGCAUGAUUCAAACAAAGGAGCAGUAUCACUAUUGUUAUAAAAUUGUGCUUGAAGUUCUUCAGAAAAUUCUGACUUUGGAUUAA